AACCACAGCUGCCUCCGCCCGCCUCGGGCCCGGAGGACGUUUGCCGCCCCGGCGACGUCAGCGCGUCCGGCGUUGCUUGGCUACCCCGCCGUUCCCCUGUCCCGCUGCCUUUGGUCUCCCCGGGUGAAACUGACGCAGUCACCGCGGGUCUGGGCUGCGACUCGGCAGCGGGCAUCCCCACCUUCACGUCACACCUCUCCCCCACUUAGACACGCAUUCGUUCCUCCCUGCCAACCACGACGUAUGCCCCCUCACGCUGGUCCUCAUGCUCCCGAUGUGGCAGGAGAAGAUGGAGACCGGGUGGGACAGAGUUGUGGCCAGUGCUUAAGAGAGGCUCCUGAGUUGGUACCCAACAGUGAUAAAAGGCAAAACGUGGACGUCUCUGACGUUAUUACUUCCACUGAGAUAGAGUAAUGGAGAGAGAGGAAGGACCAAGCCAGAGGAGCACAAGGCCAUAUUAUGGCUGCCCUCUACAUCACCACCACACCACCCCCAGCUCCAAAUCCUCCCCGUUCUUCACUAACCUUGAGCCCAUUUCUCUCUCAGACCAUUUAUUUGCUAGCUAGAUACAUGCCGGUCUCUUAAGUGUGAAUAUGAUUCAAUUUUAGGUGAGGAUGCCACUUAAUAUCUAUAAGAUUGGGGAGGAGGCUGAGUCACUAGUCAAAACUGGACUAUGGGCAGAGAAGAAAUCAUCCAACUGAACUUAUCUGGAUCAAUUUCUUUUCUCCAUUGAAAGGGGAUAAGUUACCAACUCCUACUUAAAACUCUUCUAUUUGUACCACCACUAUACAGAAAUAAUCAUUAUUGCCACAGUUCAUUACAUGGCCACUUUCAUGUCAAUGGGUAGACCUAUCAGAUUUCCAUCCUUUUUUGGGGCCCCUUGUGGGGCAGAACUGAAGUAGGGGUUAUGGGACCAGAUAUAUUAACUUACGAAUUAGCAUUUUUAAGGAUGGAGUGUGGACCAGCUAUGUAGCUAAGAGCACUUUGGUUGUCUCUUCCCAUUCACUUAUUCAUUUAUUGAGACCAAGUGGUUAUAUGUAAUUUAGGCUGGCCUCAAGCUUGCUGUAUAAUUAAGGCUGGCCUCGAACUCCUGAGGCUCUUGCCUUUGCCUCCUCAGUACUGGGAUUAUAAGCAUGUGCCACCUUUUAUGAACCAUGCCUGGCUAAUUUCCUUCCUAAUCACUCCACUGAAUAUCUAAGGAGUUAUCAGUAGUGACUUUAAAAGACUGAAGUCACCACCGAAUGUUGAGAAUGGAUCUGCCAGCAGCUCUCUUCAAAAAGCUGUUGCCCUCCACUCAGUGGUACUCUCUUAGAGCUGAUAAGUAUCUGUUGUUGUGCAGCCAUUCCAGCUGCACACAAAUAGAAAUGAGGUGAGUGACAGUAACAUCUUCUCCAAGAAGAGAAGUUUGGGCAAGUUUGAUGACAGGCAGAACUAUCUCACGUUUCCCUGAAAAAGUGUGUUGCUGUAGUGUAACUCACAAAGAGGAGCAGCAGACAGUCAAGGUUAGAGUCUACAAUAAAGCUUCUAUGAUGUUAUAAGAAGUAGUUUGGGGUCCUUUGAUAUGGAGACAGUGCUUAUGUAUGAAAUUCUUUAAAGAUAAUAUUGAGUUCUAGGGCCAAUAGCCAUUAGAAAAAGAACCUGAAAAAUAUUUUGUUUAACAAGAUCUUAUUCUACAGCCCAGGCUAGCCUCAUCCUUGUAUUGAUCCUCCUGACUCACAGUGAGCUACCAUGCCCAGCUAAAAUCUUAAUACUUUGGCUUAUGUCAUGGCCUAUGUGACAUAUCUCAUUUCCCCAUGGUUCUCUCCCUCUAGAAAUAAAAUCUCUGUAAUUCAAGCUAACCUAGAACUCAUUGGGUAGCCCAGGUCAGCCUUCAUCUGUUGACAGUCCCCCUGCCUUGACCUCAAAAAUGCUGAGGAUAUGGGUUUGAGUCAUCACAUCAGGCUCCCUUUCAUUGCUGGUAAUGGUAAUGAGAAAGCAGAGGUAAAGAGAUUCCUGGCACUCCUGAUCUUUGCUGACUCAAAAAAAAAAAAAAAAAAAAAUGUGAUGGGGAGAAGUCACAAACACUGUACAUAGACCAACAGGUGAAAGGUGGAGAUGGGAGAACACCAAGAAGGGACUAGAUCUAGACAGAUGCCUUACUGGGAGCUAAUGUCAGGAAACAAAGUAACCCUCCAACUAACAAACACUUCUCUUUUCUCUCUCCCUGCCUCCAAGUUAUAAUGGCAGAAACAAGUCUGCUAGAGGCUGGAGCCUCUGCAGCCUCCACAGCUGCUGCUCUGGAGAACCUGCAGGUGGAGGCAAGCUGCUCUGUGUGCCUGGAGUAUCUGAAGGAGCCGGUUAUCAUUGAAUGUGGGCACAACUUCUGCAAAGCGUGCAUUACCCGCUGGUGGGAGGACCUAGAGCGGGACUUUCCUUGCCCUGUCUGUCGGAAGACAUCCCGAUACCGGAGUCUCCGGCCUAACCGACAGCUAGGCAGUAUGGUGGAAAUUGCCAAGCAGCUCCAGACCGUCAAACGGAAGAUCAGAGAUGAAAGCCUCUGCUCCCAGCACCAUGAACCCCUUAGCCUUUUCUGCUAUGAAGACCAGGAGGCUGUCUGUCUGAUAUGUGCAAUUUCUCAUACCCACCGGCCCCAUACCGUCGUACCAAUGGAUGAUGCUACACAGGAAUACAAGGAGAAACUUCAGAAGUGCCUGGAGCCCCUGGAACAGAAGCUGCAGGAGAUCACCUGCUGCAAAGCCUCUGAAGAAAAGAAACCAGGGGAGCUCAAGAGACUGGUGGAGAGCCGCCGGCAGCAGAUCUUAAAGGAGUUUGAGGAGCUGCACAGGCGACUGGAUGAAGAGCAGCAGACGCUGCUCUCACGGCUGGAGGAGGAAGAGCAGGACAUUCUGCAGAGACUUCGAGAAAAUGCGGCUCACCUUGGGGACAGGCGCCGGGACCUUGCCCACUUAGCUGCUGAGGUGGAGGGCAAGUGCUUACAGUCAGGCUUCGAGAUGCUUAAGGAUGUGAAAAGUACCUUAGAAAAAUGUGAGAAGGUAAAGACCAUGGAGGUGACUUCCGUCUCUAUAGAGCUGGAGAAGAACUUCAGCAGUUUUCCCCGGCAGUACUUCGCCCUAAGGAAAAUCCUUAAACAGCUAAUUGCUCCACUCUGGCUUCUUCCGCCAGCGGAUGUGACCCUGGACCCUGAGACGGCUCAUCCUAACCUUGUCCUAUCAGAGGAUCGGAAAAGUGUCAAGUUUGUGGAGACAAGACUCCGAGACCUCCCGGACACACCACAGCGUUUCACUUUCUACCCUUGUGUCUUAGCUACUGAAGGCUUCACCUCAGGUCGACACUACUGGGAGGUGGAGGUGGGUGACAAGACCCACUGGGCAGUAGGAGUUUGCCGGGACUCUGUGAGCAGAAAGGGCGAGCUGACUCCACUCCCUGAGACUGGCUACUGGCGCGUGCGGCUGUGGAAUGGGGACAAGUAUGCAGCCACCACCACGCCUUUUACCCCUUUGCACAUCAAGGUGAAACCUAAGCGGGUAGGCAUAUUCCUAGACUAUGAGGCUGGCACACUGUCUUUUUACAACGUCACAGACCGUUCACAUAUCUACACCUUCACUGAUACUUUUACUGAAAAACUUUGGCCCCUCUUCUACCCAGGUCACGUGAUGCAUGCCAAACCAAACAACCUGGAUUAUCUGCUGCCUGGGUAAUCUUCACACAAGACUGAGACAAGAGACUGCAUUGAGGGCACUCAGCUCCUCCUACCACCUCAACAGGACUUUGUCCGCUCUCCUCUUACCUUUGUGCCUUGACUGUGGUUCUUUGUGGCAAGAUAAUUUGGUUGGUGAAAAUAUGGAACAAAGGAUCCACUAAUGUGA